AUGGAUAGUGUAAGAAGAACUGACGAUGUAGCAUCGGCUGACGGAAAUCUCCUAAAACCUCCAAAGGAAUUCACAACAGCUGCCCGAAAUCCAUUGAUGAAAGUUCGAACUUAUGUGUUGGCGCUGCGUCCGUGGUCGCUGAGCGGCAGCCUUUUGCCUACUUUGUUAGGCGCAGCACUAGCAUACCGGUUGCCGGGAGAUAAUGGUUUCAGCUGGCUUACAUUACUUCUUACCAUGUUUACAGUAAUUCCAGUCCAUGGAGCAGGCAAUGUGGUGAAUACAUAUUUUGACUUUGUAAAAGGUAUUGAUAACCGUAAAUCAGAUGACCGAACUCUAGUUGAUCACAUAUUAAGUAUAGACGAAGUUGUGUCUCUUGGAGCUAUACUUUAUAUGUCUGGAUGUGUAUUUUUUGUACUACUAGUAAUAAUGUCACCUGCCCAAAUGGAACAUUUAGCUCUAGUGUAUUUUGGAGGUCUGUCCUCAUCAUUUUUAUACACAGGGGGUAUAGGUUUAAAGUACAUAGCUUUAGGAGAUAUAAUUUAUCUAGUCAUAUUUGGCCCAGUUUCUGUUGUGUUUGCAUUUUUGGCCCAAACAGGAAGAGUUGUUUGGCCUAUUUUCUAUUAUGCUGUACCAUUGGCUUUAAAUACAGAAGCCAUUUUACACAGCAAUAACACUAGGGAUUUAGAAGCAGACAGCAAAGCAGAAAUUGUGACACUAGCAAUUUUAAUUGGAAAGACUGCAUCUCAUUUAUUAUAUGCAUUUUUACUAUUUACGCCAUAUAUUAUGUUUGUUGUGGCUUCUGUAAGGUGUUCUUUUUGGUUUUUGCUUCCAAUGUUAACCUUACACCAAGCUUUUGAAAUAGAGAGAAGGUUCCGUCGGCCUGAAACCAUGCAGUAUGUGCCCAGGCAAACUGCUAGGUUAAAUUUCUAUUUUGGAAUGUUGUAUGUAAUAGCCUGUCUUCUUGCAUCCAGACUUCCAUUCCUAAUAAGGGAAUAA